AAAGUGGCCUCAAGUUGACCCUUUCGGUCAACCAGAAGGAGGAAGCGGUUGAUAAACAAGACCAGCGAACAGGUGGAAUUCUUGGCUGAACAUAGAGCUUUCCUCUUCGAGUCAACAAGAUGCCGCGAGAUGAAGAUAUAGCCUGGAAGUACGUGGAGAGACUCGAGGGCAAGAAAUGGCGUUAUUAUUACUGCCGGAAAGUAUACAAUGGACAGGUUACAAGAGUGAAAAGUCAUUUGGGUGAAGUCAAAGGAAAAGGGAUUGACAUCUGCACCAGAGUCCCUGGUAAUAUAAGAGAUCUAAUGAUGUCCUUACUGAGGAAGGAGGCUGAAGAAGGGAGCAGACAAGCCAACCAUCAAUCCUCCACGGAACGACUGUUACAUGACAUGCCAAUGCCAAUGCCAAUGCAAGCUCAAAAUGUUCAUCAAGACGUUUCUUUGUCACAAACAAGCCUCGAAUUGGUGGGACCAAGGUUGCCGAUGCCAGGAGGGGUGGCCGACAUGACAAACUUCACCCACCAGUUAAGCUCUAACCAACAAUCGCAAGCAGAGUAUCCAUUUCAUCGGAGUUCAACCAUGCCGUCAUUGGCGCAAAAUAAGCAGGUAGCUUCUGGUGCCAGCCAAAUUAUAUUCCAAAGUGACUGUGCGUUGAAUCCUAAUGACACGGAGAAAACGAAUCAACCUGGGUGCCCGCCAGAGCGGUCAUCUUGCUAUUGGCAGACUGGAAUUGGUACUGCUUCAGCAUGCCCUCAGGAUCAAGUGUCUUUGCAUUCUGGGCAUGAAGAACAAAAUUCUAGAGGGCUUUCGUCAUUCCCAAAUGAUCAGGUCCUCGGCAACACUUCGUCAAAUGGGCUGCAGGGGUUCAUUGGAGGUGAUUCACCGCUGUAUUCACUAAACUGGUCAGAUCUUCACCAUUCUCCGCCAGAGAAUCUUGUCGAAUCUCAUGAUGUAAUUGUAAACACUCCUCAGGAAAUACAAAUGAAUGAACCGCAUAAUUUAACAGCAGGAUCAUCGUUACAUAAUGAUUCAUCCCUUGAUGUAAACAGCACGAAUCGAUUGCAGGAUUGUAGUCAACCGUGUCUAGUGGAAGUGGUUCCUGUACACGGCAAUACAAGCCCAACCGACACUGUCCAGCAUGCUGAUCAGCUUCACCCAAGGUUUGAUAAGGAAUAUGGGAAUGAUUCCCGUUCAUUUGCUUUGCAAACUCCAGUGGACAUAGAUCCCUCAAUUGCAUCACAGCAUGCAAGUGACUCUCACAUUGUUGAGGCAACAGUUGAUUCGCAAGUUCCAGAGGCGGCAACAAAUGCAACAGGUCCAUCGUCAUCACAAGAUAUGAACAGGGGUUCUCCAGUCAUGGACGUACGGAGCAUCUAUGCCAACGAUGAAGAGAUAAGAAACCUGAAAAGAAAAGUGGAAGAACUCGACGACAAAGAAGCUGUCAUAAAGGAGCAGAUGGAGAUAGAGUCUGCUGCUUCCUCAGUUCGGAAGAAGCCGAGGAUAUUGGUUGAUAGAUGGCUGAAAGAGACAGAAAGAGCAAGAAAUAAUUUCCAAAUAAUUGGCCAAGCCAAUGCGGAAACUUUUCCACCAAAGGAACAGGUGGAGACAUUGACGAGAGAAGUGGAAGACCUCAUAGGAAAAACGCUUCCACAAACACUACUCAUAGAGGAGAGAGAUGCCAAAGGAGUCAAAUUUUUGCAACGAAAGCUAAUAGGUGAAGAGAUUCAUGGGAACAUCGAGUUUAUUUGGGGCCAUCUAAAGAAGAAUCGUGCAUGCAAUUUGGGUAUUUAUGGAAUGGGUGGUGUGGGGAAGACAACUAUCAUGAAGCGAGUACAUAAUAGACUUCUAGAAGGUGCAACCUUUGAUGGUGUGGUUUUUGUCACCGUGUCCAAAGAUUUCAGCAUUUCUAAGUUGCAAAUUGAUAUUGGGAAGGCGCUAAAAUUUGAUGUUAAGGAGGUUGAGGAUGAGGAGAAACGAGCAGCGAUAUUGGCGGAGCAUUUAGAAAGAAAGAAGAAUUGUGUAUUGAUUCUUGAUGAUGUGUGGGAACGUCUUGAUCUUGAAGAGGUGGGAAUCCCUGUUAGAGCAGAUGGAUGUAAGUUGGUCUUAACUACUCGAUCCUUUGAUGUAUGCUGCCAGAUGCAUUGUCGAGAGAAAAUAAAAAUCGAACCUCUAUCUCAAAUGGAAGCCGAGAGUCUAUUUUUGGAGGAGCUUGGAUCCGAAGUUCCACUUAAUUCGGAAACUGAAGCAAUUGUGAAGUCCAUUGUUGAAAAAUGUGCAGGAUUGCCAAUUGGAAUCAUCACGAUGGCAAGAAGCAUGCGAGGAGUGACUGAUGUGUUUGAAUGGAGGGAUUCCCUGGUUAAAUUGGAAGAAAAAUCAAAUAUGGGGCAAACAUGUAUGGAGAAGGUCUUAAUGAAUCUGAAAUUUAGUUAUGAUCGCCUUGGUAAUUCCAAUGCCCAACAGUGUUUCUUAUCUUGUGCACUUUAUCCAAAAGAUAAAUUGAUCGAUAAGUUCGAGUUGAUAGAAUUCUUUAUCGACCAAGGAUUGAUUGGUGGAUUGAAUACGAGGAAGGAGCAAUAUGAUAGAGGCCUCACCAUAUUGAGCAAACUUGGAAAUGUUUGCCUAUUGGAAGAUCAUGGGCACGAGAUGAAAAUGCAUGAUUUGAUUAGAGACAUGGCAUUGCAUAUCAUGAGUACAACUUCCAUUGUAAAAGCAGGAAAGAAGUUGAGGAGGAUUCCACCAGAGGAAUAUUGGACGGAUGUUUUGGAGAAAGUUUCUCUGAUGGAAAGUGAAAUUAGUGAAUUUCCAUCGAACAUGUCACCAAAUUGUCCUAAACUAUCAACUUUACUACUGAAUGGAAGCUUGUCAGAGGAUGUGGUCCUCCCUGGUUCUUUCUUCAAACAGUUAUGUGGGCUAAAGGUUCUAAACCUGAGUGGAUGUCAACUACCAGAACUUCCAAAUUCCAUCUUAGAAUUGGUAAACUUGAGAGCACUAUUGCUCAGAAAGUGUAGGCAAUUGCGCCGUAUUCCUUAUCUAGGGAAGCUCACAUCUUUAAGAAAGUUGGACGCUAGUGGUUGUUUUCUUCAUGAAGCGCCCGAGGGUUUGGAAAAGUUGGUGAACUUGAGAUACCUUGACCUUAACAAAACAUAUAUUGCGAGAUUGCCCAAAGGAAUACUGGACCAUUUACUAAACUUGCAAUGUCUUGAAGUUUCGGCGGUAAAAGAAGAAGACAUUACAAAAUUGGGGGCAUUGGAGGCAUUUGGAUGCUCCCUUCAAAAUAUAGAUGAUUUCAACAAGUGUGUGAGGUUUAUUGAGCAGAGUGAUAGCCCUCGAUAUUACAAACUCAAGGGGAGUCUAAACGGAUCACCGUUUCUUGGGGAAGUAAGUGUUGACACUCAAUUGGGGAUUUUGGAGAGGAGUGUCCGCAUUUGGGAGUGGGGUCAUGCUAUUGUGAGCGUGGGGGGGGAGGGGCAUGCACCGGCAUUUUUAUUUUGA